CGUCCGAAACAUUUCACGCUGCGGUAAAAUGGAACUAAAUUUUCCCCGCCGUGAAAUAAUUCACUCCCAAUCAUAUGAUUCGAAUUGCUGUGUACUGUUACAAGGAUAAACAAGCGUUCUGCAGAAGCUCAGAAGCCAGCGAUACCCCGGUACGGCAUGUAACCAUUCCACAACGCUACGCUUGCGAUUCUGAACCGUAGCAACCGGCGUUGCUACGGCGCGCGAGAUGGAAGUUCAUCUAGUAGUCCGCAGCUAGUUGGCCUAUAAAAUCGCGAACGCUGGGCCGUACCGGUUCACAUUUCAGUCUGCAUCCGCUGUGAACGUUUGGUUGUCCAUUGCCGUGAUCCGUUUGUGCAUUGUGCGUCGCUGGUCCAAGAUUCAAGUUGUGUUACCAAUUCUGGCACCUAAAGCUUAACGAUGUCUAAUAAUUCAGAGUUGAAUUUAACGUUGGCCCGUUUAAAUCGCGAACGCAAGGCCUGGCGUCAGAACCAUCCAUGGGGAUAUGUCGCCUGUCCGACAAAGCACUCGGACGGUUUCACCGACAUGUUUUGCUGGAGAUGUGUAGUUCCCGGCAAGCCAGGGACUCCAUGGCAAAACGGUCACUACGAGCUGUUAAUGUAUUUUUCCCUCAAGUAUCCUCAAUCGCCUCCGUUUUGCAAGUUUUGUCCACCCAUCUAUCAUCCGAACGUUGACAUCCAGUACGGAUACUUAGAGCUCGACAUACUGAUGAAUGAAGCAUGGCGUCCAUCGUAUACGGUGAAAGACAUACUGAUAGCAAUUAACGAGACGCUGGCCGUGCACAACCCGCGAUAUAUAAUGAAUAAUGACGCUGCAGAAGAGUUUCGUACAGAUCCCUUGUCCUACAAAAAUCGUAUCCGCUGGCAGAGCAUCAGGAGCAUGCGCUUGAGCGGAUUGUUCGAUUGACGGGUCUAGGGAGAAGCAAGCGGCGGGGGAGAAGGAGCUGGGGUUUUUUUUCGUUCAUGUUCCUAGGAUAGACGAGACUUUGUGUGCCACGUAAAAGCGUGCCAAAUUGAAUAAAUUUGCUGAUAAUAAUAAUAAUAACGCUCUGUUAGUGUUUUUGUUUUUUUUUUAUAUGCCUACCGGUAAUAUUAUCUCUCACGCUUGCCUAACCCGGAUCAUGGAACCCGGAAAACACAAUGUCAUCGCGAAAGAAAUUCACAAGCUAACC